CACACGUUCAGAUUUCCAACAACAUAAAUAUGUCUUCUUCUUCUCCUUUCAUGGAUUGGCCUGUGAAAUUCGUUUUCAGAUACACACAUAUAGUUCUACUGAUUUUCUUCUUCCUUUCUUCUUCUUCCUCUUCUUUACCUUUACACCCUCUGGUUGGUGAUAAUACGACGGCGUAUCACAGAAACUUCACUGCGAUAUCUGAAUUUAGAGUGCUCAACAGAAGAAUCUUGGAGGAUUGUUCGGCUUCUUCUAGCCCUAAUUAUCUGCAAGUGAAUGUCACGACUAAUUCUUCGUCUUCUUCAUCGUCUAAGAAUGGAUUACCAGAUGACGAGUUUGUCACUGUCACUGUUUCUGGUGUUUCUCAGCCUUCGGAUGAUGAUUGGGUUGCUAUGAUCUCACCCUCAGAUUCUGACGUCAAAGCAUGUCUUUCUAAUUGGAACCUUUAUCUUCAAACUGGUGAUACUGCUAAGCUUCCUCUUCUCUGUCAUUACCCUGUAAAGGCACAAUACAUGAAGAAUGAUCCAAAUUACCUUAGUUGCAAGAACAAGGAGUGCAAGAAAUCUGAGAAUGGAAAUUGCACUGUUACAACUUGUAGUGGUUCACUAAAGUUCCAUGUUAUCAACAUUAGAACUGACAUUGAGUUUGUCUUCUUCUCUGGAGGAUUCUCCAACCCUUGCAUUUUAUCAAGGUCCACCCCUUUGAGUUUUGCUAACCCGUUGAAGCCUCUCUAUGGACAUAUCUCAAGCAUAGAUUCAUCCGGGACAUCGAUGAGAGUGAUAUGGGUUAGUGGAGACAAAGAGCCCCAGCAAGUUCAAUAUGCAGAUGGAAAAACCGAGACUUCACAAGUCACCACAUUCUCACAAGAUGAUAUGUGCAGUUCAACUCUGAAAAGUCCUGCAAAGGAUUUUGGGUGGCAUGAUCCAGGGUACAUUCACUCAGCAAUUAUGAAAGGGCUUAAACCUUCAAGCGCUUUCUCAUACAGAUAUGGAAGUGACUCUGUUGGUUGGAGUGAACAAAUUAAGUUUUCAACACCGCCUGCCGGAGGAUCAGAUGAACUCAGAUUCCUUGCAUAUGGAGAUAUGGGAAAGACUCCUCUUGAUGCUUCAGAAGAACACUACAUUCAGCCAGGAGCUUUCUCAGUUCUUAAAGCCAUGGCUUCUGAUGUAGAUUCCAACAAUGUAAACUCAAUUUUUCACAUUGGAGACAUAAGCUACGCAACCGGCUUCCUUGUGGAAUGGGACUUCUUCCUUCACCUUAUUGCCCCUGUAGCAUCUAGAGUUUCUUACAUGACAGCAAUUGGAAACCAUGAAAGGGAUUAUGUAGAUUCUGGUUCAGUAUAUAUCACUCCUGACUCUGGAGGUGAAUGUGGAGUACCUUAUGAGACAUACUUUCAAAUGCCAAUCUCAGCAAAGGAUAAGCCUUGGUAUUCAAUUGAACAAGGCAGUGUUCAUUUCACUGUCAUAUCAACUGAACAUGAUUGGUCAGAAAAUUCUGAGCAGUAUCAAUGGAUGCAAAAGGACAUGGCCUUGGUGGAUCGACAAAAAACUCCUUGGUUAAUCUUCAUGGGGCAUAGACCAAUGUACGCUUCCUCUCAUGGAUUUUUACCAAAUGUUGAUGACAAUUUUGUCAAAGCUGUAGAACCAUUGUUAUUGGAGAACAAGGUUGAUCUGGUUCUGUUUGGCCAUGUUCAUAAUUAUGAGAGAACUUGCUCUAUUUAUCAAAGCACAUGUAAAGCCAAGCCUACAAAAGAUGCAAAAGGAAUUGAAACAUAUGACAACAAAAACUAUACUGCUCCUGUUCAUGUUGUGAUUGGUAUGGCUGGCUUCACAUUAGACAAGUUCCCAAAAAUGUAAGUGAUAAUUAUCUAUUCAUGCCAUUCCUAGAUGACCAUGAUCUAGAGCUAGGAAUAUAGGCAAACCUGGACCAUAUGGGUUGACUCAUAUGAGUUAAAGAAAAUAUCAAUUAUAUUGAAUUCAACCUAUUUUUAUAUGGGUUGGAAACAUUCCAAUCCUACCCUCGUAGGUUGGUAGGUUAAAUGGGCCAAACUAUGCCAAUCCAUUUAUUAUUAUUUUUCAUGGUUUUUUAAAAAUUAUACUUAAAUUAGAAAUUCUAUUAUGAUAAUCCAUGCAAUUUAAAAAAAAUUUACAUCAUAAAUAUAUGAGAUUGAUCAAUUCCAUCAUGAUUUAUGCCAAAAUUUGCCUUGUCUUUUGUGGUUUCAGUGCUAACACUCCCUCUAUUUUUUAUUUUUCAAUUUUAUUUUAUUUUAUAUAAAAUAACAUGCAUGGGUCAAUCCUAACCUAUCAAGGUUAACCCCCUUGGACCAUAGAUUAUUUGGUUUGGUUUAGAAAAGAUCUAUUUUUAUAUUAGCCAAUAUUUUUUCAACCCGACCUGACCCUUGUAACAGGGUAUCCGGGUUAACCCUUAUUCCUGGCAUGGUAACCUGGUAAUCUUGUACUUUGUCUUCAAGCUCCAAUCAGCUUUUGUUUAAGGCGAGGAAAGGACCAACUGAGCUAGGCUUUAGUUUUUGAGCUAAAAUGAUCCGUGGCAUGUUACCUUAUCUGGUAUAUCACAAUCACAUGGUUUGUUCUUGUGCAUCCACAGGUGGAUAGUUGGAGUCUGAAAAGAAUUUCUGAAUUUGGCUAUUUACGAGCUCAUGCAACAAGGCAAGAGUUAAAUUUAGAGUUUGUAAACGCAAACACAAAACAAGUUGAUGACAGUUUCCGAAUUACAAAGUGAGGCUAAGAUCAUUCAGAUAUUUACUGAUACAAGUCAACAGAAAGACUGCAAUCAGACAUGAAUACACACACAGAUACAUAUACAUAUAUAUAUAUAUAUUAUAUAUAUGGAUGUAUUUGAAUUCAUAGAUAUGUAUAUGUUCAUGACCAAAAAACAAGUACUGUUGAAAGGGCAAGAGGAGGUAGAGAUUGCUGCAGAUCAAUAGUUACUCAGUGUUAAGGCUUCGGCUAAUUCAUCUUUAUUCUAAAGUUGCCUCUGUAAAUUUUGAAUUCUGAUAGCAUCUAAACCUUUUUAUACAUAUAAUUUGCAAUUUCACUUGCUUUA